CUGCUGCCCUACAUGAUUUCCUUGUGCUGUAGUGGGAUGUUCCCAUCAUUUACUAAUCUUUAUUCCAUGAUCCUUUAAAAAGUCAAAUACUGGAAAACUACUAAACAAAAUAUAAUAUUUUUUAAAUACUCUUACUGUUCCAGAAAGAAAACCCAAAUUAAAGAGGAGAAGAAGUAUAGACAUCCUGCCACCCAGCAUAGCAGAAUUAAGGCUUAUCCUCUUGGGGGAGAGCUGGUCAGAAAAGAGUCGAAUUGCAAACUCAAUUCUGGGAGUAUCUGCCUUCAACACUGAAGAGCAACCAAACUCUUCCAUGAGAGUCCAUGAAAUGAUCCAGAAGACAAACGUUGUUGUCAUCAACACCCCAGAUCUGCUUCAUCAGAAGAUUCCUCAAGACAAACUUAAAGAACAAGUGGAACAUUGUGUGAGCCUCUCUGAUCCUGGACCUCACUUGUUCUUGCUGGUUGUACAACCUGAAAGCUUCACAAAUGAGCAGAAGAAGAAGUUCUGCCAAGUCCUAGAACUGUUUAGUGAUCAAGCAUUUGGUCAUUCAGUGGUUCUAAUGUCGAAAUCUACGCCGAAGGAAACAAACUCAAACGAGCCUUUAGAAGAACUGAUCAGGAGAUGCAGAUUUAACUCUCUCAUUGUUGGACAUGGUGACAUUCUGGAGACGCUGAGGUCACUUAGGAACUUUGUAGAGAUCAACAAUGAGAAGCAUUUAAUCGUCGACCAGCGGAGCAUCGGACCAAUGAGAGACGCUCAUUUGGGUUCUGCUGCUGGUGAUUCAUGUCUGUAUAAAAUGGCAUCUGCAGACGAUCAAUCUGGAGCUGAUGUUAAAACUGAGCAUCGCAGCCGCAGCCCGGAUUUCAUACGACCAGACUUUUCAGAGCUUCGGGUUGUUCUGCUGGGGAACAUCUGGUCAGAGAGGAGAGCAGUGGGGAACUUCAUACUGAAAGGAAACAAGUUAAUCACUGAGAAAGCACCGGGCCAGUGUGAGAAAUUCAGUAGCGAGUUUGAAGACAAAUCAGUAACCAUCAUCAACACCCCAGACCUCCUGGGUACCAACCUGUCUGAAGACGAGCUCAGAGGUCACGUGGAACGCUGUGUGAGCCUCUCUGAUCCUGGACCUCAUGUGUUCCUGCUGGUUCUGCAGCCUGAAAGCUUCACUGAAGAACAGAAAUGGAAACUCUGCAGGUUCCUGACAAGAAUUAGUGAUCGAUCAUUUAAUCAUUCAAUGCUUCUGAUUUCCACUCCCAGAGAGGAGAGAGAUGAUGAUUCACCUGAUCUACUCUUAAAUGAGAUGGUUGUUAAAUGUCAGGACAGACACUUGCAGCUGAAGAACCUGAAACCUCCUGAGCUGUUAACACGUUUAGAUCAAAUUGUGAAAGAAAACAACGGAUACCUGAGCUGUGCACAAAAGAUUACUGAAGUAGAUGUCAGAAAAGAGGAAGUCAGUACAAUUUCCUCACCUACAACAAAUAACGAUGGCUUCAGGAUUGUAAUGUUUGGAAAAAGCGAGGACAAGAAGAAAUCCCUCUGCAGCACCAUCUUGAAUAAAAAAACCAAAUUUUCCAAACUUAACCCUUCCAAGCACAGUGAGGUGGCUCGUGGAGAAUGGAAAAAAACCUCAGUGAAGAUUGUAAAAGUUCCCGACAUCUUCAGUCUCUCAGUGGAGGCUUUAAUAGAAGAAAUGCAGAGUUGUGUGACACUUUGCCUUCCUGGACCAAAUGUUCUGCUGCUGUUAGUGAAGCCUUCAGAUUUCACUGAGAAGAAUCGAAAAACACUUCAGUUUGUCUUGAAUUGGUUUCAUCAAGGUCCUUUCAAACACUCCAUGGUUGUCUUAACACAUCAUGAAGAAAUGAACCCCACUGUUAACCAACUUCUGGAAGAAUGUGGUGGAAGACACUACAAUAUGUUUAAAGAAGAUCAUGAAGUAUUAAUGCAGAACAUCCAAAACAUUGUGGACAGAAAUGGAGAAACAUUUCUCACAUUCUCAGAAUACUCCAGCAAAACUCGACCUAAAGAGAUGAAAACUCAUCUGAACCUGGUUCUGUUUGGGAGGAGAGGAGCAGGGAAGACAACAGCAGCCAAGGUCAUUCUAGGUCAGAGAGAGCUUCAGUCAGUCUCCAAGAUUUCAGAGUGUGUCAGGAACGAAGGAGAGGCGUUUGGACGUUGGGUUUCUCUGGUGGAGAUGCCUUCACUGUACGGAAAAUCUGAGCAGGAAGUGAUGGAGGAAUCCUUCAGGUGUGUCUCCCUCUGUGAUCCUGAGGGUGUCCACGCCUUCAUCCUGGUCCUACCUGUGGGUCCCCUCACUGAUGAAGACAAGGGAGAGUUACACACCAUCCAGGACACAUUCAGCUCUAGAGUCAAUGACUUCACCAUCAUCCUCUUCACCACAGAGUUCGAUCCUGAACAUCCAGCUGUUGAUAACUUUAUAAAGGAGAGUGGAGACAUCCAGGAUCUCAUCCAGAUCUGUAGAGGAAGAUAUUUUGUUCUGAACAUCAGAGACAGACGGCAGGUCAGUGAACUGAUGGAGAUGGUAGAACAUCAGAGCUUUUUUAGGUCCAAAGAUUAUACAAAAGAUAUGUUCACCAGAGCUCAGAUGGAAAGGAUUGUAGAACAGGAAAGGUUUAAUGCUGAGCUUAAAACUGAACUGCAGAAGAUCAAGAAGAAGAAUGAAAUGGGAAACGAUCCUGGAGAGUUGAGUAAGGAAUGCAUCAGGAUUGUGUUAAUUGGGAAAACUGGCAGUGGAAAGAGUGCAACUGGAAACACCAUUUUGGGUGAAACACAUUUUACAUCUAAAGCCAGUGGAAAGUCGGUCACCAAGUUUUGUGAGAAAGCAAAAGGAGAAGUUGACGGUCGGCCUGUUGUUGUUGUCGACACGCCUGGUUUGUUUGAUACGACUUUGUCCAACUGUGAAGUGGGACAGGAACUGGUGACCUGCAUCAACAUGUUGGCUCCUGGACCCCAUGUGAUCCUGCUGGUCCUGCAGAUCGGACGGUUUACUAACGAGGAACAAGAAACUGUGGAUCUGAUCAAGAAAUACUUUGGCAAGAAUUCACAAAAUUUCAUCAUCAUUACGUUCACCAGAAAAGAUGAUUUAAUGGAGCAAAGUUUUGAGAGCUACAUUGAAAACGAUUGUGAUGACUUUGUCAAAAAACUGAUCCGGGACUGUGGGGGAAGAUGCCACAUAUUUAACAAUAAAACCCCACAGGAUCGCUCCCAGGUUAGAGAGCUGCUGAGGAAGAUUGACUCAAUGGUCAGAGAAAACGGUGGAGGGUGUUACACCAACGACAUGUUCCAGGAAGCUGAGUCAGCAAUAAAAAUGGAGGCGGAGAGAAUCCUGAAACAGAAGGAAGAAGAGCUGCAGCAAAAGAAAAAAGAGCUGGAACAAAAACAUAAGGAAAAAAUACAAGCAAUGGAAAAAAAGAUGGAGGAGCAAAGAGCAGAAAUGGAAACAGAGAGAAAACUGAGAGAAAAACAGCUUAACGAUAUGAUGGAAAAUAUAAAUAAGGAGCGAGAACAGAGAAAGAAAGAACAAGAAAUCAGAGAAGAAGAAGACAACAUCAGAAAGAGGCAAGAGGAAAAGGAGUGGGAAGAAAAACUUGCAGAUCUUGAGAAGAAAAUUAAAUCAGAAGAAGAGAAAAAGGAAAGUACUGAUCAAGAGCUGAAGGAGAGCAAAGAAACAAUACGAAAGGAGCGGGAAAACUGGGAGAAGGAAAGAAAUGAAUGGUGGGAAAAACGGCAUCAGGAAAAUGAAAAGAGACGUUUGGAGGAGCAAGAAAAACUCAGAAAACUUCAAGAGGAAUAUGAGCUUGAAAGAGAAAAGGAUCGGAUAAAAACUAAAGAAGAAGAUCGCAUCAGAAAGGAACGAGAAGAGAAAGAGAGAAAAGAAUUAGAGGAAAGUUAUGAGAAAAAACUGGAAGCCAUAAAAACUAAAUAUGAAGAAGAAGCCAGAAAAAAGGCUGAAGAAUUCAAUGAGUUCAGGCAGAAAUACACCCAGGAUUUUACAGCUCUGGUGGAAAAACACAUGGAGGAAAUACUGGAACUGAAACAGAAACAUUUAACACAAAUGGAAGAGGCAAAGAAUAAACAUGGUAGAGAACAUAAGGCGUUAGUGGAUCUGUCUCAGCACAAAGAAAAAUAUCUGACAGCAGAAAUAGAAGAUUUAAAGAGAAAACAUGAUGAAGAAGAGUUAAAGAAAAAACAUGACACACAAGUAGAAGAUCUGAAAAAGAAAUACCAAAGUAAGUGUGUCAUCCUCUGAUUCCUGAACUCCAGACUGUUAAACUCAUCAAAACUAAAGUCCAUCAGUCUCUAAAAGGACGAGAGCCACUGAUGUGGAGGUGAACGUGUUGAGGUUCCAGUUCUCCUGUUUAUUCCAGAUCCAGAUGUUUUCAUCCUGGUUCCUCUGGAAGAGAUUAAAGUCUGUGGUCUCACUGAUCCUCUGCUUAUUUUUUACAGUUACAAUGAGAUGAUUUCUGUAAAUUUAUCCUUUAUUUUGUUAUCAACCUUAAUCUUGUCUGACCAAAUCAAACUUUACAUGUUUAUGUUUUUGUUGGUAGGAAUGAAAAGUAUUUUUUCUUGUUUGCAUCCAAAACAUCCAGUUUGAAAGUAAAAUUGGAUUUAAACUGUUUCAGAUCAUCUUUGGUAAACAGGAAUUACUCUGUAUCAGUUGAUCAGUUGAAAAUCAAUUAUGGGUUUCCUGAAGUAUCUAUUAACAUCCAUCUGAUCCUCAGUGGCACUACAAAAUGUUCCACCAUUUAGUUGUGUGCUAAAGAAACAACAGUAACAAAUUAUUUGUAUUGUGUAUAAAACGGACAUGACAUGUUUACUGUCAUAAACAUGAAGGAGUCUGUAUGAAUGUCUGACUGUUGUCACAAAGUGCAAAUUUGUAAAUGACACAGAUUAUUAUAUUUGUGUGAUGAAUAUUUUCUCUUAAACAGAUUCAACUUACAGAUGUCAUUAAGUGUUAUUACACUCAAAAGCUUUAACAACAGUCAUUAAUAUUUUCCCCUACCAACAUUAACCCCCUACGUUAACAGAGUGUUACUGACUCUGUUAUUAAAUAAUUUGACAGAGUAAUAAAACAUAAUGAAAUCUUUAUUAUUAGCCCUACUUGUUCCUCUUUAUUUCAGGUUCCUUAUUUCCUUUUACCUGAAAUAAAUAAUGUCAAUUAUUCAUUAUUAUUUACCAAGUUGCACUUUAUAACAACAGUCAGAGACAUUGAUAAAGACUCCUUCCUGAUCCUAACAGGUUUAUGUUUAUCACAGUAUCAUGUCAGUUUUAUACACACCCUGUCAAAACAAGUCUUACCAACACAACAUCCUAAAUGUUUUCACCAAAUGACCACAGUGGAUUUCCCUCACUGAGGCAGCGUCUCCAGAACAAGACAGACUGUUGGGUUAGGAUUUCCUCUAACUCCUUACAGAAACCAGAAUCAGUGAACCAGAUCACAGAAAUGAUCUGGAUUUAACUUUGGACACGGAUUUAAAGUUUGACAACCACAUAAAACGUGUUGCUAUAUCAACUCACCAUUAUCUCAUUUUUUCCCAGAAUAAAAUGUUGCUUGUUGAAAUGGGUUGGAGAAAAACUGAAGCAUGACUUUAUUUUCAGCAGUUUAGAUUAUUGGAAUAAUGCCGAUUCAAUACAAAUCAAUCAGAUCCCUGCAGCUCAUCAGAAAAACACUCAAGAAGCAUUUAGUCUCUUUUCUCUUGGACUCUGGAACAAACUCCCUGAAAACCUGAGAUGCUUAGAAACUGUUGCUUCCUUUAAAUCAGAUCUAAACGUUUCCUUACAGCAGCUCCAUGUUAUUUACAGAUGUUGACUCAAUAACAAAGUCUGAGAUUUAAGAAAUUACAUUUUUAAAUUUGUUUCUUUUUAUACAAUGUGUUUCAAAGUAAUUUUGUAUUUUUUAAUAGUUUUUUCUUUUACUUUGUGUACAACUGCUUGUAUUGUCCAGUGAAUGAUUGAUGUGAUAUAAAUACAGUUAUAAUAGAAAACCAUGAAAAAAUCAGUUUAAAAAACACAAUUCAAAUCCAGAAAGAACUAAUGUGAAAUUCAGAUGUUUCAGCUCAAGAAAGUUCAAUAAUUAUUAUGACUUUAGAGAAAAUGUAACUCCUAUUUCUUAUAAAAAGAUGUAUCAGGAUUAUAAUUUCAGAUAAUUAACAGAUUCAGUCUAUAGGAACUAAUUUAGUUCUUUUGUUCAUUUUAUUUCUCUUCUUUUGUAUU